UCUCUCUCUUCUUUUUCUUCCCCGUCAAUUGUACAACACGGAUUAAAAGAGAUAGUAAAAAAAUUAGGUUUUGGGAGAGCAAUUCAACAACACUAGGGUUCUAAUAACGCCACCCCCAGGGUGAUGGCAAGAACUAGGCGUAAGCGCACAAAUCACGAGUCAAGUUCGACUAGGUUGCUCGAUGAACAACAUCUACAACAACAACAAGAUACCACAAUGAUGGAAAGCAUUCGACAUAGUGCACACAUUAGAAACGAGAAUGUGGGCCAUCCAUUAGAGUCGAAUUCAAAUGAUGUCGAUAAUUCAGUGCUUGACCAAACAGAAAAUGUCCGACAAAAAAGGGCUAGAGGGCCUACUUACAUGACACGUGUUUGGGCAAGGAAGGGUCGUAAAGAAGUUCAGUUCAAUGAAUAUGGGCAAGCUAUCGGGUUAAAUAAAAGUGAAUACGUUGAAUUCGUCGGCACGUUAGUGAGAAACGGUAAGUUACUUCCUAUUGACAUUAAAGAUUGGCAUCGAGUGCCAAAGCCUACAAAAAGCAAGCUAGUCGAACUGGUUAAGGCGAAGUUCCACGACGCACCUGGUUUUGAACAUAACACAUUGAUGAAUUUAGCGAAAAGUUGGAGGAACUGGAAAAAUAGAGUAAAAGCGAAUUAUUUCGAUCCGGACUUAUCGUUGGAAGAAAAUAUGCGCAAACGACCGGAUACUGAAGACGAAAGGGUCUUACCUGAUCAAUGGAAGAACGCAGUGAUUUACUGGAGCAGUGAUAAAUCGAAGAUGAUAAGUGCUAAGAAUAAAGUAAGCAGAUCAAAUAAAAGUAUGCAUCACACUACCGGGAAGCGAAGCUUUGCUCAAGUUAGAGAACGGAUGAAGGAGUCAGAAGCAUCGGUUGACGAAGAUGAAACGGGGGAUAAUCCAAUUAUAAACGGACCAAGUAGAACAGAUCUUUUCCUUAAGUGUUAUACACGAAAUGGAGAGUCUUCUAAUCCUAGUGUAGUAAAUUGUUUGCGGAAGAUGAAAGAUUUAAUUAGUGAGCUUCCUAGCGGUGCAAAAGAUAUUGGACCGGACGAUAUUUUUUCCCGAGUAGUUGGACAAGAUAAACCGGGUCGAGUAAGAAUGUUUGGUCGUGGUGUAACUGCGUCCGUUGUAUACGGUGAUUUGCAUAAGGGAGGCGAGACUUGUCAUACGAACAUAGCCUAUAAGAAUGAAAUAGAUGCGUUGAAGCAAAGAGCUGACGAGCAAGAUAAACUUAUAAUCGAGCAAAAUAUGCAAAUCCAGGAGCUUAUAUUAAUGAACAGGCAAAGAAUCGAACAAUAUUCUUCGCCACAAGCGGAUAGAGUCCGUUCGAUCUCUCAUCACCCGUCGACCUCUUCCUCGAGCCAAUUGCCUACCUCCUCAAGCAAAGAGCCUUUACGGGUAAGUUAAUUAUAUGAUGGACAAUGAGAAAUAUGAUAUAGAUUUUAGGACAAAAUGCAAUUCGCCCCCUAGAAUUUUUAAAUUUUGCACUUCCCU